GCAGCAUCGCUCCGCUGUUCGUCCAAACCAGCCAGAGCGUCUCUAUCAUCACCAACAUCUGGUCACCAUGAAGGCUGUUCACAUCCUCCUGCUCUGCAUGCUGGGAGCCGCUCUGCUGGCCACUGUCCUCUGCAACAAUUCAGGUAUUCCAGAGGACUGCUGCUUUGAAUUCUUCGGAAAACCAGUGAAAAAAUUCCUCAUCUCCUGGUAUUACAAGAUUGAUUCUCGCUGCCCCAAAAGUGGAGUUGUCUUAAUGACACUUAAGGGACGUCCCAUCUGUGCGAAUCCAAAUCAGCCCUGGGUGAAAAAUGUCAUGAACUAUGUGGACAGAAAGACCUUGUAAAGUUGCUGCCAUCUGUCCUGAUGGUCCAAUAAAACUCAUUCGACAAAGCAAUAAUGUUUUCAGUAUCAGAAUUAUUCUCUUUCAAAUAAUCAAAGAUUUUGCCUAUAAAUGUAAUCAUUGUUGACGUUUGUAUCAUUUCUUUUGGAAGCUUUGUACAUUAACUAUCAUACAUCAGUGACUGAAACCAUUCAGAUUCAUGUUGAUUUGACUUUUUCUUUUCUUAUUGUUCUGUUUUCAUCAUUUUCUCUAAUCAAACACAAAACCAUCAAAAUUGUUUCCUUUGGUUGUUGUAAGUUUUCCAUUUUUUGCUUUUGCUCAAAAAUAAA